UAGGUGUAAUUACGGUAGAGAGUCUUUUUAAAUUUUUACUCCCCAAAUCUGUGGAAAUGGUGGCAUAUUAAUUACUACAAUUUUAUUAGUAUCACACACAAUAAAUUGAAAAAAUUAGGGAGGGAAUAGAAGUUGCAUCAACAUCCAAGAUCGGGAACAAGUAUUAUUUGUGGAUCCAUCAGCAAGCAGUAUACCCAAAUCAAGACUCAAUAAAUACACUGCCUAUGAUUUUGAGCAGCUCGACUAAUUCCACUGCAUACCUGCCACCUACCGGAUAACUGACACCUCUAGGCCACACUAGAGGCGGAGUAGAAUUUUUAUCAAAAAGGAAAACUUUUGAGUAAUUGGUAAAGUUGCUUCCAUGUGACAGGAGGUGUCACAGGUUCAACUCGUGGAAAUAGCCUCUUGCAGAAAGGUAAGUUGUAUGCUUGUGAAACCAAGAUGGUGAAGUUGACUAUGAUUGCUCGUGUGACUGAUGGUCUUCCUUUAGCGGAAGGCCUGGAUGAUGGCCGUGAUAUUCAAGAUGUAGAUUUCUACAAGCAGCAAGCCAAGUCCUUGUUCAAGAACCUCUCUAUGGGCCAGAUUGAGACAUCAAGAAUGUCGGUAGAAACUGGGCCUUAUAUUUUCCAUUAUAUCAUUGAAGGCCGUGUUUGUUAUUUGACAAUGUGUGACCGCGUUUACCCCAAGAAACUUGCUUUUCAAUACCUAGAAGACCUCAAGAAUGAGUUUGAGCGUGUCAAUGGGAGUCAAAUUGAAACUGCUGCCAGGCCCUAUGCUUUUAUUAAAUUUGAUACAUUCAUACAGAAGACGAAGAAACUGUACCAGGACACCAGAACUCAACGCAAUAUUACAAAGUUGAAUGAUGAACUCUAUGAAGUUCAUCAGAUAAUGACUCGAAAUGUACAGGAAGUUCUAGGUGUUGGUGAAAAGUUGGAUCAGGUCAGUCAGAUGUCCAGUCGCUUGACAUCAGAAUCCCGCAUAUAUGCUGACAAAGCAAGAGAUUUAAACCGUCAGGCUUUGAUUCGGAAAUGGGCACCCGUCGCUAUUGUCAUUGGAGUUGUUAUUCUCCUCUUCUGGGCGAAAAAUAAGAUUUGGUGAAGCUACCAUUCCCAUAUGCAGCUUAGAAUGUGUUAUUACUCUUGGAUACUUACUGAUUUUGCAGCACCAAACUGUGUGGGCAACCGAUAGACCACUUAACAUUUCAAGGUGGCUGUCGUGUAACGAAGAGAGGUUUUUUCGCGGAUGGGACACUCAAGCUAUGAGUUUGUUAAUGUCAGACAGAUAGACCAUGUUGGUAAACAUUGAGAUAUGAUACUAUUCUUUGUUAAUCCUCUUCAUAUUUUGCCUUGCUAAACUUGAAAAUUUGAUGUGCAACAUCUGUUGUAAUUUUGAUAGGAUCAGUUGCAACUUUUGAUAUAUUAAAAUACAGCUAUAAGAUUGCAGUG